CAAAGGGCGAUGCGGUCUAACCAGUUAAUGACCUUGGAGACAAAAGAAAACACACUCUCAGUGUAGGGAAAGAGAGCUCGCAGUAAAGACUGUGAAACAUGCUUCGAACUUUAGUGCUGUUAUGGUCACUUUCACUGACCGUAGGAGAAGCCUGAUACAACAACAAACAGAAAGAAUGAAGUUUAUUCCUUAUCUUCCUAAAGGAAACUAAAAAUAAGCCAUUGAAUAACACUUACUCCCCAAGUUGGUCUGUGUUUCUGCAGAGGUCCCUGUAACCUGUCUCUUCUCCAAAGAGUGUGUGCUUCCCUGCAUGUCCAGUUACCAUGAUAUUAUCCACUGGCAUAAAAUUAACAGUCCAAGCAGUAUAACUGUACAUUCCUUCUACAAUGGAGCAGAUCAGUUGAAAUACCAGAAUACAGCCUAUUCUGGAAGGACUUCACUGUUCUCAGAUCAGAUCUCUACAGGAAAUGCUUCUCUGGUCCUGAGAGGUGUCACAAUUCAGGACCUGGGCAUAUACAAGUGCUACACUGCCAGCCAGACUAUGACGAAGGAAGCGUUUGUUAUACUGAUUGUGGAGGCCCCGGUUGAAGCACUGGACAUAAGAAUAACAGACGAUGGAAUAACCUGCAACAUAAGUAAAGUUUAUCCAAAGCCAAGAAUCUUUUGGUAUGUUGAUAAGCAGGAGAAGGAAGCCCCUGAGCACCCUGUGGAGGACAGCCAGGGGCUGUUCUACCUCACCAGCACGGUGAAGACUCAGGCGUCCCUGAGCAACCACACGUAUACCUGCUCCGUCAGCCUCGGGGACAAGACCCCAACAUACACAGGCAGCUUGAAGCAAGAGAAAAUUGAAAUUUAUUCUGGAGAGGAUGUGGCUGUCCAAUGUCCUGUCUCCCAGGGAGACUCUGGAAAGUUCAACCUCACCUUGACUUUUGAGGACUCCUCCAUCAUUCCGAGCUACAACAGCCAAGGGUCACAGCCACACCCAUCAUGGUCGUGGAGGGGUCCAAAUGUCAGUGUCACCCAGGAGGGGACCAUCAUCCUCCAUCACCUGGACAGAGAGAAGCACACAGGGACAUACACCUGUGAAAGGGUGACGCCGCAAUCCAGACAGCUUGUGCAGACCUCGGUGCAAAUUAAAACAGAUAUAAGGAUGGCCGUUAUCCUCGUUUGCUGUACAACAGCUCCCAUAUUAAUCGGUGUUUGCAUUUUCUGUGUAUUGAGAAUAAAAGGAAUCUCAGUCUGGGACCUGCUGACUGGAAAAAAGAAAAAAAAGAAGUCCAGUACCACACAAAAUGGAAAUGAAGAAAUUAGUAAACAUGAAAGUGUGAUGCAACCUUUAUCUAAAACCUGAAGAACUCACUACAGAGCUACAUGAACAUUGUUCCAGUGGUCAAUACAUACUCUGGCUGCGAGCCCCAUGUUCAAUACCACAAAAUAAUCUGACAAAUAAGUGGUUUUGAAGGACACAAAGUGUUCAGAAGAAGCAAGUGGGCAAAAGGAUGGAUUCCACGUGGACCUGUUCAGAGACCUGCUUCCAGACUAAAACACGACUCUCAUCUGUUUCAGUUCAGCGUGAACUGACGUGAGCAAUGAUCGUGCGUAGUGUCCACAUUGCACAUCUAGCUGCAAGACAACUCCUCAUGUUGGUAGUUGAUCCCACGAGAUUAAACGAUCCUUUUUUUUUUUUUGUAUCUUUCAGAGUAGUGGGAAUAAGGAGUUAACCAAAAUAACCAGCCACAGAAAGAACUUUAAUCUUAAAGGCCUUGUGAAGAACUUUUAUUAAUACAAGUGAAGAAAAUGGACAUGAAGAGAAUAUAUGCAUCAUCACUUGACAAAGCACUCCUUUAUUUUUUUUAAUUAAUUUUUUAAAAGGAUUUUCUUCUUCUUGUUGCACAACAAAACUAUAUUGCACAGACUGUAUAGUUUAAAAUAUAUUUAGAUAAUAAAAUGACAGAUCAAAUGUUCUUAUCUUAUCAUGAGAUAAGCAUGUGUAUGUCUAGCCCGUUGUCACAUUCCUGAGCUGGUCAGGCUACAGAAACUAUACAGCUACUGAUUAUUCACUGUAGUCAGUAGAAACCAGCAGGAACUUGGACCUGCCAUUCAUGUCUGACUCAUAACACAUAAUCAGACAUCACAGAGCCACCCAGCAUUCACUGAAGGACUAAGCUGAGAGUCAUGGACAGUUGUUUGCAUUUAUUUACGUAUACAGCUUUACAUACAUUUUAGACUCAGAAGGCACACUGUACAGUAGUAACCAGCAGUGAAAAACAGGUUAUGGGUUAUUGGCGCUUAAGUUUUCAAUUGUGGUUUCAAUGCCAAAAUGAAUGUAAGAAACAUGCACUGAGCUCUUGUAGCUCAUCUGGUUGAGCAGGUGGAGCGGAAUGCCAGCACACUGGGCGAUGGUUUCGUCUGCUUAGAAACGCUGCCUUAUACAUGCUAAACAUAGCUGAGGAACAGGAGGGAGGGUGCCAGGUUAAAAACAUGUCUGACAAAAACAUUUUCUUUCCAAACAUCUGUCUUAAUUCAGAAUACUAGGGACGAUGCAUGUGUCCUACCAAGACAGCAUUAGCACUGGGCAUUAUUACAUUUCAUCUGCACUCAGAGCUCUGGUGUAUUGGUGCUGUCCUAAAUACUAAAGCAAAACAAAUAUUUGAAAAGAUAGACUGACAAAUAGACCUCUACACAAUUACUGAAAGACAUAUUUCUGCUCUACAGUCCGUGUCGGGUUAGUAAAUUAAGCCACUCAGCAGAAGCAGUGGGCUGGACUCACCCCAAGCUCUGGCAGUGUAUAGUGGGUAUUUGAUAGUAGUGAAUGAACUCAACCUGAAUAUUUACAUAAUUGUUAGAACCUGGUUCAAAGUGACCAGUCCUUCAGGUUCGAUCUCCUCCUCCCUCUGCCCUCUGUAGACGGAUCAAUCGAGAGACACUGACACUAAGGUAGUGAAUCAAGAGAGUUCCACUUUAUUGAGGAAAGCACAGUAUAUAUGUCCUAUAUCUACUA